CUCCACGCCGGAGUUCCAGGUCAAAGUCGUGAACUAGCGCCGAUCUACACUAGCGCCAGAUUUUAUUGCUUUUCUAAUAUGUCACCCAUUUGCUCAUCACAUCUAGAUCCAUGGCCGAGAAGCAGGAAGAAGAGGACGUUCCGAUCUCUUCACAAGGUUUGACAUGUCCACUGUGUCUUGGUAUUUUCGACGAUGCAACCCUCUUGACCUCUUGCGGACAUACCUUCUGUCGAGCCUGUCUCAAGAAAUAUGACCUAUCCCACCAGGAUCUUGAUCACAUGGUCUGCCCUCUGUGCAGAACAGUGACAAAGUUGUCUUCAAACCGAGUCGACGAUCUCCUCCCCAAUGUGACGGUCAACGGACUCGUGGACGACUACCGUGUCAGGUCUGGAGGGGCCAGUGCCAUCUUGGAGAUGCAGCAAAAGUGCACUGUCUGCAACCUCCAGGUAGAGGCCAUCGCUUUCUGCAUUACAUGUGAUGCAUACAUGUGUGAGCAAUGCCGUGUUGGCCACAAACAAAUGAAGAUGUUCUUCGAAGGUCACGAGAUCGUAUCUAUCCAUGAUAUCAUUGAGGGAAAUUCUAAACCUGGUAGUCGCUCCGAGAAAUGUUCCGCCCACAGACAAGAGAACAAACACAUGUUCUGUCAGGAUUGUAAGGUACGCGUAUGUUUCAAGUGCGCCAUCGUUGAUCAUCGAGAUCACAAGAUACAAUCACAUCAGGACUUCAAAAAGGAAAUGCAGGUUAAGGUGAGUGAUCUUCUCCAUCGUUGUAAAGCAAAGCAAUCAGAACUGGAGAAGAACAUCCAGACUGUGGAGACGCAUCAUCAAGAAGGACACACUGCCCUUCAGCUACUACGUGAAGAUGUCGGUCAAGCCUGUCGUACCAAGGUCAAGCAACUAGAAGACAACCGACGUGUACUUGUUGAGAAGAUUGAUUCUCUGGAGCGUAGUUUUGAUGAAACCCUCAGCGGCCAGAUAUCGAAAGACCGACAGAUGAUCAAGAGUAUUUGUAGUUCGGUAGAUCUAGUGAGUAAUGCUAGACUGGGAUGUCUCGAGACUGACAGUCUGGUUGCUCACACAUUCCUUUGCGAAGAGAUCAAUGGCUUGCUGAAAGAUGGUAAUGAUCAAACCUCUGUAGGAACCAUAAGGGAGAAGACACAGAAGCAGAGGUUCAAUCCUGCAAAAGAUAACAGUCUUGACCUUGGGAACAUCUCAGAAACAGAUGCUGAGGAUGCACUGGCUGGCAUACUGAAGGGCGCUAUAUAUCUUACAGACUACCUUAUAUUUUUGUUCAAAUUGCCUUUAUUAUUGUUUUUAUUUAUUUAUUUUUCUCAUUUCUUCCCACUUUUUUGUUAGCAAGAUAACUUGAAAAUGGAUCAAUCAAAUAACUUGAAAUUAGGCACACAUAUGUAUAGGCAUAUAGAGAAAUCACAAUAAUGCACCAGGAUCCUCAUUUUUUUUUUCAUAUUUAGCUAGAGUAUGAGUCAGAGAUAUGAUUUCAUGUCUCAUUUGGCCAUUAAGUGUAUCGUGACAUUUUUAUAAUGGCCUUGGAACUCAAAAUAAGAAUUUGCAUAUUUUUAUGUCAGCAUAUAUGGAAAGUUGAUUGUAUCUCUGUAAAUAUUGAUCGAUUUUCUUCAAAAUUUCGAUAUGUUGUAGCUAAGACAAUUCUCUACAA